CCACGCGCCGGUCGCCGGCACGCGGGCCGCCCGUUGCCCUAGCAACCGUCGUGCCGCGUCUUCCUGAGGGAGCUCUGUCAGCCCGAGGAUCCGGUCGCCCGCUCCCCACUGCCCCGCGAUUUUCGCGUGGGCUUAGAGGCGAGGGACAACAAAAAAUGGCGGAGCGGAGCCAGACGGCGCCUGAGGCAGGCAAUGAUAUGGGAAAUGAAGAUGCCAUCGGAGGGAAUGUGAGCAAAUAUACGGUGCUUCCAUCUGGAUACUGUGGACAGCCCAAGAAAGGACAUCUUAUCUUUGACGCUUGUUUUGAAAGUGGUAACCUUGGACGGGUGGACCAGGUCUCUGAGUUUGAGUAUGACUUGUUCAUUAGGCCGGAUACCUGUAAUCCACGCUUCCGAGUCUGGUUCAACUUUACUGUUGAAAACGUGAAAGAAUCACAGAGAGUCAUCUUCAACAUUGUUAACUUCAGUAAAACCAAGAGUCUUUAUAGAGAUGGAAUGGCCCCUAUGGUGAAAUCUACUAGCAGACCCAAAUGGCAAAGGCUGCCACCUAAAAAUGUUUACUACUACCGGUGUCCGGACCAUAGGAAGAAUUAUGUGAUGUCCUUUGCAUUUUGUUUUGACCGAGAAGAAGAUAUUUACCAAUUUGCUUACUGCUACCCAUAUACAUACACACGCUUUCAGCAUUACCUUGACAGCCUGCAAAAGCGAAACAUGGAUUACUUCUUUCGGGAGCAGCUGGGUCAGAGCGUGCAACAGCGGCAGCUUGACCUCCUGACAAUCACCAGCCCUGAAGACAAAUCUGACCUUGAAAACAGUGUGAUGCAGAAGAAAAUAAAAAUCCCCAAACUUUCUCUCAAUCACGUAGAAGAAGAUGGUGAGGUUAAAGAUUAUGGGGAAGAAGAUUUACAGCUUAGACACAUCAAGAGACCCGAGGGGCGGAAGCCGAGCGAAGUGGCGCAUAAGAGCAUUGAGGCAGUGGUGGCCCGGCUGGAGAAGCAGAACGGCCUGAGCCUGGGCCACAGCACGUGUCCAGAGGAGGUCUUCGUGGAGGCCUCGCCGGGCACAGAGGACAUGGACAGUCUGGAGGACGCUGUCGUGCCCCGGGCUCUGUAUGAGGAGCUGCUGCGCAACUACCAGCAGCAGCAGGAGGAGAUGCGCCACCUCCAGCAGGAGCUGGAGCGGACUCGGAGGCAGCUGGUCCAGCAGGCCAAGAAGCUCAAGGAAUACGGGGCUCUCGUGUCUGAAAUGAAGGAGCUCCGUGACCUCAACCGGAGGCUCCAGGACGUGCUGCUCCUGAGGCUUGGCAGUGGUCCCGCCAUUGACUUGGAAAAAGUAAAGUCAGAAUGUCUCGAGCCCGAGCCGGAGUUACGGAGCACUUUCAGUGAGGAAGCAAAUACGUCGUCCUAUUACCCCGCUCCUGCACCUGUCAUGGACAAGUAUAUCCUAGACAAUGGCAAGGUCCAUCUGGGAAGCGGGAUUUGGGUUGAUGAGGAGAAAUGGCACCAGCUACAAGUAACCCAAGGAGAUUCCAAGUACACAAAGAACUUGGCAGUCAUGAUUUGGGGAACAGAUGUUCUGAAGAACAGAAGCGUCACAGGAGUUGCCACAAAAAAAAAGAAAGAUGCAGUCCCUAAGCCACCCCUCUCGCCUCACAAACUAAGCAUUGUCAGAGCCUCUUUACCACCCUCCUACCUUCCAGACAGCUAAAGACUUAGCACUGGAAGAAUCUCCUUGGAUCAUGUGGUUUGCCAUCCUACUUUUACAGAUGGUAAAACUGAGACCCAGACUGAUUCCCACUUAGAGGUUGCACAGCAACUAGGGCAAGAGCCAGAUUCGAACUCCUGAACUUCGAAACAGUUCUCAGCACAAGUUGUCUCCCUCACUUGGUUCAGGUUCCAGCAAAGUCACCAUGAGUAUCUGCUUCCUCCCGGCUCAGGGCUGGAGACAGACUGUCCAAGCGUUCCCAUCUGUAGGGGAGGCAGUGGUCACAGUUUUAUUAGACCAUGAUCAGUGCUUUGAGACAGAGAGCCAGGCAAGUGUGGGGGUGCAGAGGCAAUCAGCAGAAUGGGGUCUCCCAGUUUGAUCCGGUAGGCCCCAGGGAUGCUGAAUCUGGAAGGAUGAAUAGGAUUUAGGCAGCUGAAGGAUGGAGCCAGGGUAAUCGGGAAAGAGAUUGUCAAAGACACUGAUUUGUGGGAUAGCCUGGAGCAGGAGAGAAUUGCAGGUAAACUUAGCAGAAGGCAGGACUGGAGAGAGACCGGGCCUCCUACCUUCUUGUCUCAGUCCCUGUGGAAAGGCCAAGACAAGAUGAAGUGGAGAUAAGUGGCUUGGGAGUAGUCAGGGAGUAGUGGAGGUCAACCAAAAGCUUUUAAAGGCUUCUCUGUGCAAACCCAUUCUCAGUGGGGAGGGGAGGGUGCCCGGGACCCGGGAUGCCCAUAGCACAUGCACCUGCAGUGUGGAUGGCACCCAGAGGCGGGCUGGCUGCACACCCAGGAAGAGCUCAGCGUUGGGGAAGGCACAGUGGGCUCUGUCCGUACUUUCUCCAGGCCUCCGCUUUCCCACAUGCCAGAGGAGGGGUCAGCACGUGUUAGUCCCCACGGUCCCAUCGAGUGCUGACAUUCUGUACCUCCAGCAGGAUUACCUGCUCUGGGCUGGCCUGGUAGACAAGAUGUUGUUUACCCUCCAUAGCAACUCCUUAAGAGUAGGUCUCCAUUCCUGUUUUAUAGGUGAGGAAGCGCAGGUUCAAAGAAGUUAAAAUUCUUGGCCAUGAUUAUAUACUCCACUGGUACGUUCUCCAUGCGUAGUUCCCUUAUGUCCAGAAUUUUUAUGACCUCUGGAGUUUCUCUGGAAAACUAUUCAUUUGUUCACUUAACAUAUAUUUACUGAACCUUGCCCCUCUGCAAGCACUGUGGUAGGCCCCAGGAGUGGACAGGUGUAUGUACAUAAAACAAUUGUAACAACUCCAUACAGGUGUAAUGUUCUCUACAGUUCGAAGAAGGCUUGCAAAAUGUUUAUCUCGCAUGCUUCAUGGCAGCCUUAAAGAUAACCUGUGGUUUGUUGUUCUUGGUAAGCAGGUGAGGAAUCUAGGGCAAUGAUUUGCCUCAGGUGCCCAGGCUAGAAAGUGGCCAGAAGUCAGGCUCCUGUCAGGCUUUGUCUGGGGCUCACUCUUUGUUUCAUCACAGCAAACGUCAGACUCACUAAGAGCGGCCGACCUCAGCCUCGUUAGUAAUCACCACGUUGAGAUACCACUUCACACCCACCGGGCUGUCAAAACCUUAAUAACCGGGCAAUGUCAAGUGCUUUUGAAGAUAUGAGGCAACCAGUACUGGCAUACACUACUGUCAGGAGUUCCAGGCAGCACAACCGCUUUGGAAAACAAUUUACUAGACAUCACCUAGUAAAGUUGAGUAUGCACACACCCUAGCGAUGAGCAGUGCCACAGCUUGGCCCUCACUGAAGAAUUUCCUGCAUGUGUACCCCAUGAGACACGCACCAGGGUGUUUGUAAUUGCAAAACAGUGGAAACAAUCCGAGUGUCCGUUGACAGUAAAAUCAGCAAAUUGUGGAACAGUCCACUCCAGAGAACACUGCCCAUCAGUGAAAAUGAUUGACCUGUAGCCACACACUUCAACUUGGGUAAAUCACGAAAUUUAUGUAAUGUUGAGUGAGAAAAAGAAAGAUAUAUAAGAUACGGAUAUACCUGUAAAAAAGUUAAAAACAGGGAAGCGUAGGAGCGCCUGGGUGGCUGAGUUGGUAUAGUGUCUGACUUCGGCUCAGGUCAUGAUCUCGUGGUUUCUGAGUUCAAGCCCCGUGUUGGACUCUGUGCUGACAGCUUAGAGCCUGGAGCCUGCUUCAGAUUCUGUGUCUCCUCCUGUCUCUGCCCCUCCCAUGCUCAUGCUCUGUCUCUCUCUGUCUCUCAAUAAUAAACAUUAAAAAAUUAUUUUAAAAAAAAACAGGGAAGAGUAAACAAUACAUUAUAUAAGAAUGUGUACAUUUGUGAUAACACAAAAAGAAAAGAAAAAAAAAAAUCCAGGCGAGUGCUUACAUCUGGGGAGGGUGAGGAAACGAUGGUAUUGGGGAGGGGCAUCCAGAGGCAUCAGAAGGACCAAUAAUGUUUAUGAAACUGGGUAGUGGGCAUAUGGAUAUUGUAUCAUUUUUAAAGUGUAAACUUACAGCAUAUAUCUACUUUUUUCUAAGUACAUUUGUAUUGAAAAUUUAAACAUACAGCAGUGCCAGAUACGUGAAUUGGUAUUUGGGAAGUAUGUCAGGAGGUACAUUUUCUUUGUGCCCCCUUACAAGAUUGUACUUAAAUUCACCAUUAAUCCUUGGCCAUCUUGUUCCUUUCC